AUGUCCCGUGAAGAUUUCAACAAGUCACAGAUUGCCGACCAGCCCCGUCUGCCCUGGAACUGGAGCAACCUAGGCAAAAAUAGUGCAACAACUUUGGGCAUAUCUUUCGUAUCAUGGAAACAGAACUUGGGGAGCAGCGACUCGGUGAUGCCCGCUGUGCGCGUUGCAAAACUAACAAUCAAGAAUGUUGGGUCUACUCGAAGGAGGGCGCAGCGCAAGUGUCUCGCCCGGGCGAUGCCUGCACCCGUUGCCGAGUCAUUUCUUAAAUGGGUGGGUGCAGCUUGUCGAAACGACGCAAGUCACAUAGAAAUAGGACACGGCCAGCCGGCCGGUCAGAAGCGUCAGUGCGGAGGUUGCUUCCAUUGCCCUAUCCGCCUCGUUCACCACGGUCCAAUUCGCAGGGACAUGGAGAGUGAUAGUUUAAGUGCGGGCAUGCAUGCGGCAUAUCGCAAAGUCUUUGUGUCUGCCAUAUCAUUAAGUUUGCCCUCGUGCAUACAAUUAGAUGGCACGGUUUCCUCUAUGGCAUGCUCUGGCUCCAGAAAGGAGCAAUAA